AUGUUAUUCAUUAAAAAUAUUUAUUCGAUUUAUCGAUUCCAACGUGUAUUAUCUAUUUACCAGAAAAAUAACACGAAAUUUUCAAAUUCGUCAUCAAUAAAAUUAAAUUUAACAUUACAAAAACUUUUUGGUUCCAAACAAUACAAAGAAGCUUUUGAAAUUGUCGAUCAAAAUUUUGAUAUAUGUACAGAUAUUACAAUUAAUAUGGCCAUAAAAGCUUGUGCUAUAUCAAAAGAUUAUACACGUGGUAUUAAUAUUCAUCGAAAGCUCUCAUCACAUUCAAUUAAUAAUUCUUAUAUUCAAGCAUCAUUAAUUCAGCUUUAUAGUAAGCCAUUUAUUUUAUUAAUCACAAUAAUACUAUAUAAUAAAGCAAAUAUAUGA